AUGCUUUUCGUAUUUUGCUUUCUUGUUGCAUUGCUGUUCUACAAGCGGAGAGAUCGUAUUGCUGAAAUUUUAAAACCGUCGCUGAGGAAGCCAACUCUUCCGGUGACCGAGAGCAUUGAAACAUCUGAGGAUACUCCGAUGUUCUAUGAUGUGAGUAGUGGCUCAGGAUCAGGAUUUGCAAGCCUUAAUCAGCGUACCGUUGCGCAGAAUCUCCAGUAUUUAUCAGUGAUUGGUAAGGGACGCUAUGGAGAAGUUAAGAAGGCACUUUAUCGUGGUGAUCGCGUUGUUGCUGUAAAGACAUUUUACACGACCGAGGAAGAUUCAUGGAGAAAUGAGAAAGGAAUCUAU